AUGACGGCCCUACGCUUGUCGUAUUUGCCGUUCCGGGCCAUGGCAGAGACCACCCGCUUCAUUUUCCGCUUCGGGGGCAUCUCGUAUCAAGAUGAGGUGGUGUGGGGCCGCGUUUUUGCUGACCGUCGAAGGGAAGGCGAGUAUCCCUUCGACAAGGUCCCAGUCUUGUACAUCAACGGACGGGCAGUGGCCCAAAGUGGCUCGAUCGCUCGCUAUGCCGCGAAAGUGGCCGGAUGUUAUCCCGCGGAGCCCGCCCUCUGUGCACUGAACGAUGCUGUCUUUGAGAUGGCACAGGAGCUGUGCACGAUCAAACCGAUGAUCAACUGCUACACUGGACCAGAAUUUGAACAGGUGAAGCGCUGGUACUUCGGAUCGCUGCCGCAGCAUUUGAUGAACUUGGAAGCACAGCUUGAAGCGGCCACGCGCAGUGGGGGCAACUUCUAUGGAGGCAGUACUCCCAGCCACGGGGACUUCAAUGUCUACCACCACUUGGCCAAUGCGAGGUUGGUGGAGCCUCAAUGCAUCCCGGACACCUACCAACUUGUCCAAUGGAUGGAGCUGAUGGAAUCUUUGCCAGCGAUGAAGGCGUACCUUGAGGAGCGUCCGAAGCUGGUGGGGAUUGGUACAGAUCCAGGGCUUCUUGACAAGGCGCCCAAGACCGCCUGUCAAGAUGGCGACGAGGCGAACCGUUUGCUGCGGCAGCGUGAUCCGGAGGGAAGAGCGUUGCUGGUUGAGGGUCAGUUGUGGGCAGAAGUCUGGAUCUCUUUGUCAGUCUCAAGCUUUGAUGCGCGCCUUGUCCUGUUUGCCUCCUACAAACUGAAAUCUGCGCCGUUGCGCCGGACAACAUCCACCGCACCCGUCUUGGUGAAGCCCAAGUACAGCACCCGGGUUUCAAACCUCGAAAUUGGUGCCUCGGGAGGGCUGGAGUCAGCGGUUCUCAUCAGCGCCGCCAUCUUCCAGGGGGUUUGCUUCUGGUUCAGCCCGGCAGCCCAGAAUGAGGUGGUGCCGGGUGAGGAGGGCGGCGAUGAUGUUCAGGAGGGUUUGCAGCAGUACCUGGUGCACGUGGAUGGGCACACAAAAGAGGUGGAUCUGACGGUCACAGCGGAUGACCCUGAAGCAACCAUCACCAUCCAUGCAGACCAGGUGACGACUGGCAAUGACACCAUCAAUAUUCCUGUGAAGAUGCACGACAAUGACCACCUCGAGGUCGGUGAGCCGCCUCAAUGGUCUCGCUCGGUGAGCAUCCAGAUGGAGUCCGCUGAUGGUGAGAAGACGAUGACCUACACGGUUGAAAUCAAGCAGCAGGUGAGCAAGUACAGUUAUCUGCUGAACUUGAGCUUGGACAACAGCAGCUGCUAUGAGAUGCCAGUCUUCAAGAAGAAUGUCACGGAGUACAAAUGUGUCUUCUGGUGGGAAAAGGUCGAAAGCCCACGCAUCAUUGCGACCAUGGACCCGGUGAAUUGUCCGGACUGUUUGCUGUUGGUGCCCUCGCCGCUGGAGUUUCCGAAGUCUCACUUAUCCUUGACGUACCAGACGCAGAAGAAGCGUGUUUGGGAGUCCGAGAAGGUUUGGACCCGUGAGUUCCUCUACGGAGAGUAUCAUACCAUUCCUUUCCAGGUCCUGAGUGCCGACAAGUUCUCACACACCACGUACCAUGUUUACCUUGAGCGUGAUGCUCCGUGGUGGAUGAAAGCGGCCACGACACGAUUGAUUUCCUCCUGGGCCACUAUUCUCGCCACGUCGAUGGCGGUUUUCAGCGCGAGCAACUUUGUGGCGCUGACGCGACAGAUUCAGUUUAUGGAUCUGACCACUGAGAUCCAGGGGACCCCAGACGUGUAUAAUCAGUUUGCCGAGCACUUGAAGGGCUUCAACUUCGAUCCAACGCCUUGGCUGCCAGACAUGGGCCUCCCCAGCUUGGAGGACGUGAAGGAGCUCCGAGACAAGAUGAUCCAGAACAUCAAGGACGCCUUCUCUGUGGGAGACAUGAAGAAAUCAGGCACUCUAGUUCUCCAGUACUGCUAUGCUCUCCGCGUGGAGGGUCGCUUGGGUGGCAAUGGUAUUUUGUACUCACAUCCCGAUGGAACGAAGCUCUUGAUGGAUAGUUUGCGAAGCAUCUCCAAGAGCAGCAUGUUCAAAGCCACAAGCACUGCGGAUGAAGAGGAGAAGGAGGAGGAACGACGGCUCGAUGCUCCGAUGCUUCGACCCAAGAACGGAAAUGUCACCACGCUUCGAUUGCGAGGACUGCGGCAUUACCCAGGAGAUAUCUCGGGCGACGCCGAGUCGCUGCGGAGCCUCAAGGAAGUCACAUCCCGUCGUUUGGAUGGAGAAGAUGACGAGAAAGACGACGAGAAGGUGGAUGGGCCGGAUAGUGCCAUGUUGGUGGUCCAAUGGACCUCUGCGCAAUGGAAGGCGUUCAUCAAGAAGAUCAAGGCUGCAAACGUGACCGAGGAUGACUUUCAAGAGGCCUACGACAAGAUCCCUUGCCUCAUGCACCCGAUGAAAGAUGUGGUGCCCUUCCUGUACUUGAUGCACGAGCUGGAGCUCUUAAGGAGCUUCGUCUCGUCUCGGAGGGAGGUUGCGGAUGAUGCAUACCUACACCGGUACCUUCCUGCUGAUGUUCCUGUUCGUCUUCACUUUGGGGGGUGGCUACUUGAUGUACUAUCAGACGGUCAUGAAGAGAAGCCAGCGCAGGGUGAAGUGGCUGGAGCCCGGCUUCUUGUCCAUUUUCGUCUUGGAUUGUGGCUUGAUUGGCUUCACCAAGAGCGCAGCAAAGAUGAUCGCACAGCCCGGAGUCUCAUCCGUCGCGUCGCACUUCGUCGCCCGAUUUGUCGCGGGUGCUGCGGGGUGCUGCGGGCGGCGGCGUAA